AUGCCGAUUGAGAGAGGUUACGUCAAAGCCCUGAUUAACCCAUACGUAGUCGGAAAGAGAGUAACGCAUAAUUGCCAACCUCUGUAUCCAUAUACGAACUCGGAUGGGAAAUUCCCGAACGCGCAGGCGAUAGGCCCUGUGAUAGCGUGGGCAAUAGGACAGAGAGUAAUCGCUAAGAUUGAUCUCUCAAAGGCAUUUCAUGCAGUUCCGAUAGUCAAGCAACAGCAACCGUAUUACAGUUUCCUCGAUGCACGAGGACGAUGCUAUUGCUACAAGAAGAUGCCCAUGAGUGCCAGGACGGCCCCGAAACACUUCGCGAAUGUAAUGAGCCUAGUGUUGGGGCGACUGCAGACGGACGAUCGAAUCAAUGUCAGAUCGUACCAAGAUGACAUUAUCAUAGCGGCGAACACACGAGAGGAGCUGAGAGAGCGUUACAAAAGGGUUACGAACCACCUACGUUCGUUAGAGUUCAAGAUCAACCCAGAGAAGCCCUCUCUGGCGGACGAAAUAGGGACCUGCGAAAGGCCCUGGACGUAA